AUGGUUCAAAAAUUAAUGUUGGGCUUUACAGAUUCUUUUGAUUUUUAUUUUGAGACACAUAAAUGGUGGUUAUUAAGAUGUUUGUACAUACAACAAGAAAUACUGGAUGAUCGUUCUCCAACACUAUGUAAAAGUAUUUUAGAACUAGUUGCCUUGGUUAAUCAGAAUGAUGAACUUUUUAAAGAUGACAGAUUCAGAGAAGCAAGUAUACAAUGGAAUAUUGAGGCAGGAUAUUUUUGUCAUUUGUAUUUUGAGUAUGAAAAAGGCAGAGAAUAUUUUGAGAAAGCGAAGAAUUUAUCACACCUUGAUAUCAACAUAUCAGGAGCUCUUGGUAAAAGGACAAGAUAUCAAGAAGAUGACAAAGCCCAGCUGGUUCUUCAGGUUAAACGAUCAAAUGUUCAAGAUGAACAGACUCUCAUUAAAGACAUUCCUUUACCCAAGAAUAUCAGUCUUGAUGAUGAUACUGUUUUAAAUAAAAUAGCUUUCACUGAUGAGAUGGAGAAACAUUCUGUUCAAUUAUCUCCCUUAGAUCAGGCUGUGGUUCUGGCGUGUAUGGAAGGUCAUAGAAGAAGUUUAGCACAAGAAAGGUUGACAGAUGAAGAAGUUUUGACCUAUAUCUUGUGUAUGCUUGAUCAACUUUGUAAUUGGAAUGUGGGUGUGGCCUGUUUAAUUUUAAGGUCAAAGUUGGAAAAGGGAAGUUCAAGAAGAGUUGAAAGAUCAAUGAAACAGAUGGAGGAAUUGGUAAACAUUGUUACUCAACCUGAACCAGCUAAUAUUGACAGAUCUUAUCUCUUCUAUUCCUGUCAUACUCCUAGUGUGUGGAAAGUUAAGAAAGAAUUAGGGACAAUGCUCCUGUCUCUAGGAUGUAUCAGUGCUGCUAAAGAUUUAUAUGAAUCAUUAGAGAUGUGGGAUGAGGCUAUAACUUGUUAUCAGAUCAUGAAAAAAACAGAUCAGGCAGAAGUGAUAAUUCGAGAACAGUUAAAGAAAAAAGAAACACCUAAUCUGUACUGUUUCCUUGGUGACGUUACACAUGAUAUGAACCACUAUCAGAAGGCCUGGGAAUUAUCCAAUGAGAGAAGUUCUAGAGCUAUGAGAUGUAUGGGGUAUUUGUAUUUUGGUAAAAAAGAUAACAAAGCCGCUUUGAGAUGUUUUGAGAAAUCUUUAGAAAUAAAUUCACUUCAGAUUCCUGUGUGGUUUACAUAUGGAUGUGUUGCCUUGACAACAGACCAGUAUGAAAAAGCAGUGAAAGCGUUUAAACGCUGUGUUAAUAUAGAUAGUGAUAACUUCGAGGCAUGGAAUAAUUUGGGAACAGCUUAUAUUAAACUGAAAGACAAACCAAAAGCAUUUUUAACAAUGAAAGAAGCAAUCAAAUAUAAUUUUGAAUCAUGGCAGCUGUGGGAGAACUGUUUGUUGAUUGGUGUUGAUUGUGGUGAAUUUGAAGAUGUAGUAAAUGCCUAUAAUAGAUUGUUGGAUUUGAAAUCUAAAUGGGUGGACGAACAGAUAUUAUCAAUAUUAGUACGUGCUAUUGAAGAAGACUUAACAGAUUCUAAAGGUCUGCCUGUUAGACGAUUUAAACCUAAAAUACAACAGUUGUUUACUAGAAUUACAUCACAGACAACUGGUAAUGGUGAAAUCUGGAGAUUAUUUGCUAAAUUAAUUUUAUUGGACAAUAAACCUGAAAAUAUUGAUCAGGGCUUAGAAUAUCUACAGAAAUCACAUCGCUGUGUGACACAAACUUCAAACUGGGAGAAAGAUGAGAAGAAAUGUCAAGAAGUUUCUGAUCAAGCUAUCGAACUGGCUAAAUUGUAUAUUCAAUGUGCUGACAAACUGCCAGAUAGAACACAGAAAUUGCAGAAUUUAUCUUCUGCUAAAUUUAUGUUAAAAGGAGUGAUAACAAAAAUAAAGCAACAUCAUCAAGACCCAAUCACCCAGUCUUUACCACAGUCAAUAGAUGAACUCUGUAAAAGCCUGGAUGAUCAGUUCAAAGAUUUAUUGGAAAGAAUUGACCAGCUGAAAAAUUGUUAAUAAAAAUUAUCUUUU